AUGGGUUAAACUUGUUCCUGCAAAUCGAUGCUCUCAGUCUCAAAUGCAGAAAUAACAAGAAGAAAUGAAUUAUCCUUAAGAAAUGAUAGCUAAAAUAGCCCUUAAGAAAAUUAUUUAUAAGUCGAAAAGUCUUCUAGAGCUUAUACUACAGACUACCCUUAAAGAUUUAUCAUCAUUUAUCCUGCCAAAAAGGAAAACUUUGAUAGCCUUAGAAAAGAGCUUAAACACCUUAAUAAAGACGCUUCAUUUAUCAUUUAAGAGUGUGAAAAUUUGAGUUAAGAUUCAAAUUUUUCUUUAGAAUUCUCUAGCUAUUUGCCUUCCUCUUUAGAGGAUUUCAAAUUAUGA